UCCUCCGCAAAACCUACGCUACAUUUUAGGGCACCAGAAUAUAUAUACAAACGCAGCGCGCAUAUAUCCCAACAAUUUCUCUCUCUUCCCCCCGAUUCGGUUUUCUGUCUACCUUACCAGGACUGCAGAGAAUCAAAUGGCGUUGCCGAAUCAGCAGACUGUGGAUUACCCAAGCUUCAAGCUUGUAAUUGUCGGCGAUGGUGGUACAGGGAAAACAACAUUUGUGAAGAGGCAUCUGACUGGUGAAUUUGAGAAGAAAUAUGAGCCUACAAUUGGUGUGGAAGUUCAUCCUCUUGAUUUUUUUACUAACUGCGGAAAGAUCAGAUUUUAUUGCUGGGACACUGCUGGUCAGGAGAAGUUUGGUGGUCUUAGGGAUGGAUACUACAUCCACGGACAGUGUGCCAUUAUCAUGUUUGAUGUAACUGCUCGGUUAACCUACAAGAAUGUCCCAACAUGGCAUCGUGAUCUUUGCCGUGUCUGUGAGAACAUCCCAAUCGUGCUUUGCGGAAACAAGGUUGAUGUCAAGAACAGGCAAGUGAAGGCCAAGCAAGUUACCUUCCACAGGAAGAAGAACUUGCAGUACUAUGAAAUAUCUGCCAAGAGCAAUUACAACUUUGAGAAGCCCUUCCUUUAUCUGGCUAGGAAGCUUGCUGGUGAUCCUAACUUGCACUUUGUUGAGUCACCUGCUCUUGCCCCACCAGAAGUCCAGAUCGACUUGGCUGCACAGAAACAGCAUGAGGCUGAGCUUGAUGCUGCAGCCAACCAGCCCCUUCCUGAUGAUGAUGAUGAUGCAUUUGAUUAAGUGUUCAUCGUCAGAUAGUGUCCAGAGUUUUCUUGCUGAUUUUGGCUGGGGAGUGUUAAGAGGAUUAAAUGAUAUGAUCCUGUUUGGUUGUGGGAAGAUAGUAUAUCUUCUAAUACAAUUUGAUUUGCAUGUAGUUCACAUUUUCAGUUGAGCUCUUUGGUUGUUUAAUGUUGCUUUUUAAUCUCUGAAUUCUCUAAAGAGACCCGGUUUUGAUACUUUUUUAUCUUGGAUGUUCAAACUGGUCGGUUACUACUACAAUUUUUUUACUUUGGUA